CUUAACCCGCGCACUCCGUUCGAGUACAUGAUCCUGGCCACCAUCAUCGCCAACUGCAUCGUGCUGGCCCUGGAGCAGCACCUCCCUGAGGGCGACAAGACGCCCAUGUCCGAGCGCCUGGACGACACCGAGCCCUAUUUCAUCGGCAUCUUCUGCUUCGAGGCGGGGAUCAAGAUCAUUGCGCUGGGCUUCGUGCUGCACAAGGGGUCCUACCUGCGCAACGGCUGGAACGUCAUGGACUUCGUGGUGGUCCUCACCGGUGACCCGCCCCCGCCCGCAGGCCUGCAGGUGGUGCUCAAGUCCAUCAUGAAGGCCAUGGUGCCGCUGCUGCAGAUCGGGCUGCUGCUCUUCUUCGCCAUCCUCAUGUUCGCCAUCAUUGGCCUCGAGUUCUACAUGGGCAAGUUCCAUAAGGCCUGUUUCCCCAAUGGCACAGAAGGAGACCCAGUGGGCGACUUCCCCUGUGGCAAAGAGGCGCCUGCCCGGCUGUGUGAGGGAGACACCGAGUGCCGGGAGUACUGGCCAGGACCCAACUUUGGCAUCACCAACUUCGACAACAUCCUGUUCGCCAUCCUGACAGUAUUCCAGUGCAUCACCAUGGAGGGCUGGACAGACAUCCUCUACAGCACAAAUGAUGCUGCUGGCAACACCUGGAACUGGCUGUAUUUCAUCCCUCUCAUCAUCAUCGGCUCCUUCUUCAUGCUCAACCUGGUACUGGGCGUGCUCUCGGGAGAGUUCGCCAAGGAGCGUGAGCGGGUGGAGAACCGCCGGGCCUUCCUGAAGCUGCGGCGGCAGCAGCAGAUCGAAAGGGAGCUCAACGGGUACCUGGAGUGGAUCUUCAAGGCCGAGGAAGUCAUGCUGGCUGAGGAGGACAAGAAUGCCGAGGAGAAGUCCCCCCUGGAUGUGUUGAAGAGGGCAGCCACCAAGAAGAGCCGAAAUGACCUGAUCCAUGCUGAGGAGGGAGAGGACCGGUUUGCAGACCUCUGUGCCGUGGGGUCCCCCUUCGCCCGUGCCAGCCUCAAGAGUGGGAAGACGGAGGGCUCGUCCUACUUCCGCAGGAAGGAGAAGAUGUUCCGGUUCUUUGUGCGGCGCAUGGUGAAGGCACAGAGCUUCUACUGGGUGGUGCUGUGCGUGGUGGCCCUGAACACGCUGUGUGUGGCCAUGGUGCACUACAACCAGCCCCAGCGGCUCACCACAGCGCUGUACUUUGCAGAGUUUGUUUUCCUGGGUCUCUUCCUCACAGAGAUGUCCCUGAAGAUGUAUGGCUUGGGGCCCAGGAGUUACUUCCGGUCCUCCUUCAACUGCUUUGACUUUGGGGUCAUUGUGGGGAGCAUCUUCGAAGUGGUCUGGGCUGCCAUCAAGCCAGGAACCUCCUUUGGGAUCAGCGUGCUGCGGGCACUCCGGCUGCUGAGGAUCUUCAAAGUCACGAAGUACUGGAACUCUUUGCGGAACCUGGUGGUGUCACUGCUCAACUCCAUGAAGUCGAUCAUCAGCCUCCUGUUCCUGCUCUUCCUGUUCAUUGUGGUCUUCGCCCUGCUGGGCAUGCAGCUGUUUGGGGGACAGUUCAACUUUAAAGAUGAGACUCCAACAACCAACUUUGACACCUUCCCUGCCGCCAUCCUCACUGUCUUCCAGAUCCUGACCGGAGAGGACUGGAACGCAGUGAUGUACCACGGGAUCGAGUCGCAGGGUGGCGUCAGCAAGGGCAUGCUGUCGUCCUUCUACUUCAUCGUCCUGACGCUGUUUGGAAACUACACCUUACUGAACGUAUUCCUGGCCAUUGCUGUGGACAAUCUUGCCAAUGCCCAGGAGCUGACCAAGGAUGAAGAGGAGAUGGAAGAAGCAGCCAAUCAGAAGCUUGCUCUGCAGAAGGCCAAGGAAGUGGCUGAAGUCAGCCCCAUGUCAGCCGCGAACGUCUCCAUCACUGCUUUUGUAAAGCAAACUCGAGGUACUGUAUCUCGCAGCUCGUCUGUCUCCAGCGUAAACUCACCCAGGCAGCAGAACUCAGCCAAGGCGCGCUCCGUGUGGGAGCAGCGGGCGAGCCAGCUGCGGCUGCAGAACCUGCGGGCCAGCUGCGAGGCGCUGUACAGCGAGCUGGACCCCGAGGAGCGGCUGCGCUACGCCACCACGCGCCACCUGCGGCCCGACAUGAAGACGCACCUGGACCGGCCGCUGGUGGUGGAGCCCGGCCGCGAUGGCGCGCGGGGCCCGAGCGCGGAGGAGCCAGUGCGGAGGCACCGGGCCCGGCACAGGGCGCCGCCCGCGCACGAGGAUGCCGAGAAGGAGGCCAAGGAGGCGGCAGCGAAGGAGGGCGAGGGCGAGGACCGGGACAAGGAGAAGGAGCCGCGGAACCCCCAGCCCCAGGAGCCACACUGUGACCUGGAGGCCAGUGGGAUAAUGGGCGUGGGUCCAGUGCAUGCACUGCCCAGCACCUGUGUACAGAAGGUGGAAGAACAGCCAGAGGAUGCAGAUAAUCAGCGGAACGUCACUCGAAUGGGCAGUCAACCCUCAGACCCAAGUGCCACUGCUCAUAUCCCAGUGACACAGACUGGCCCUCCUGGGGAGACCACAGUUGUUCCCAGCGGCAGCGUGGACCUGGACGGCCAGGCGGAGGGGAAGAAGGAGGUGGAAGCCAAUGACGAGAUGAGGAGUGGCCCCCGCCCCAUCGUCCCAUACAGCUCCAUGUUCUGUCUGAGCCCCACCAACCUGCUCCGCCGCUUCUGCCAUUACAUAGUGACCAUGCGGUACUUCGAGAUGGUCAUCCUCAUAGUCAUUGCCCUGAGCAGCAUCGCCCUGGCCGCAGAGGACCCUGUGCACACAGACUCCCCCAGGAACAAUGUUCUGAAGUACAUGGACUACAUCUUCACAGGUGUCUUCACCUUUGAGAUGGUGAUAAAGAUGAUUGAUUUGGGACUGCUGCUGCACCCAGGGGCCUACUUCCGAGACCUGUGGAACAUUCUGGACUUCAUUGUGGUCAGUGGGGCCCUGGUGGCGUUUGCCUUCUCAGGAUCCAAAGGGAAGGACAUCAAUACCAUCAAGUCCCUGAGAGUCCUGCGCGUCCUGCGACCCCUGAAGACCAUCAAGCGGCUGCCGAAGCUCAAGGCCGUGUUCGACUGUGUGGUGAACUCACUGAAGAACGUUCUCAACAUCCUCAUCGUCUACAUGCUUUUCAUGUUCAUCUUCGCCGUCAUCGCCGUGCAGCUGUUCAAGGGGAAGUUCUUCUACUGCACCGACGAGUCCAAGGAGCUGGAGCGGGACUGCAGGGGCCAGUACUUGGAUUACGAGCGGGAGGAGGUGGAAGCUCAACCACGGCAGUGGAAGAAGUACGACUUCCACUAUGACAACGUGCUCUGGGCACUGCUCACGCUGUUCACGGUGUCCACGGGAGAAGGGUGGCCCAUGGUGCUGAAGCACUCCGUGGACGCCACCUACGAGGAGCAGGGCCCGAGCCCUGGGUUCCGCAUGGAGCUGUCCAUCUUCUACGUGGUCUACUUCGUGGUCUUCCCCUUCUUCUUCGUCAACAUCUUCGUGGCCUUAAUCAUCAUCACGUUCCAGGAGCAGGGCGACAAAGUGAUGUCUGAGUGCAGCCUGGAGAAGAAUGAGAGAGCCUGCAUUGACUUCGCCAUCAGCGCCAAGCCCCUGACGCGGUACAUGCCACAGAACAAGCAGUCCUUCCAGUACAGGACGUGGACCUUCGUGGUCUCGCCACCCUUCGAGUACUUCAUCAUGGCCAUGAUCGCUCUCAACACCGUGGUGCUGAUGAUGAAGUUCUAUGAUGCGCCCUACGAGUACGAGCUGAUGCUGAAGUGCCUGAACAUCGUGUUCACGUCCAUGUUCUCCAUGGAGUGCGUGCUCAAGAUCAUCGCCUUUGGGGUGCUGAACUACUUCAGAGAUGCCUGGAACAUCUUCGACUUUGUCACUGUGUUGGGAAGUAUUACUGAUAUUUUAGUAACAGAGAUUGCGAACAACUUCAUCAACCUCAGCUUCCUGCGCCUUUUCCGCGCCGCCCGGCUCAUCAAGCUGCUGCGCCAGGGCUACACCAUCCGCAUCCUGCUCUGGACGUUCGUGCAGUCCUUCAAGGCCCUGCCCUACGUGUGCCUGCUGAUCGCCAUGCUGUUCUUCAUCUAUGCCAUCAUCGGCAUGCAGGUGUUUGGAAACAUUGCCCUGGAUGAUGACUCCAGCAUCAACAGGCACAACAACUUCCGGACGUUUCUACAAGCCCUGAUGCUGCUGUUCAGGAGUGCCACCGGGGAGGCCUGGCAUGAGAUCAUGCUGUCCUGUCUCAGCAACCAGGCCUGUGAUGAGCAAGCCAAUGCCAGUGAGUGCGGCAGCGACUUUGCCUACUUCUACUUCGUCUCCUUCAUCUUCCUGUGCUCCUUUCUGAUGUUGAACCUGUUUGUGGCUGUGAUCAUGGACAAUUUUGAGUACCUCACGCGGGACUCUUCCAUCCUAGGGCCUCACCACCUGGACGAGUUCAUCAGGGUCUGGGCUGAGUACGACCCCGCUGCGUGUGGGCGCAUCACUUACAGUGACAUGUUUGAGAUGCUGAAACACAUGUCCCCGCCCCUGGGGCUGGGGAAGAAAUGCCCUGCUCGAGUGGCGUACAAGCGCCUGGUUCGCAUGAACAUGCCCAUCUCCAAUGAGGAUAUGACCGUCCAUUUCACGUCCACACUGAUGGCCCUCAUCCGGACUGCACUGGAGAUCAAGCUGGCUCCAGCCGGCACGAAGCAGCACCAGUGUGAUGCAGAACUGAGGAAGGAGAUUUCCUGUGUGUGGGCCAAUCUUCCCCAGAAGACUCUGGACUUGUUGGUGCCGCCCCACAAACCUGACGAGAUGACGGUGGGGAAGGUCUACGCAGCUCUGAUGAUCUUCGACUUCUACAAACAGAGCAAGACCAGCAGAGACCAGACCCACCAAGCUCCUGGAGGCCUGUCCCAGAUGGGCCCGGUGUCCCUGUUUCACCCUCUGAAGGCUACACUGGAGCAGACGCAGCCGGCUGUGCUCCGAGGAGCCCGGGUUUUUCUUCAGCAGAAGAGCUCAGCCUCCCUGAGCAAUGGCGGGGCCGUGCAAACCCAAGAGAGUGGCAUCAAGGAGUCUGUUUCCUGGGGCACUCAGAGGACGCAAGAAGUGCCCUAUGAGGCAAGGGCCCCCUUGGAGCGAGGCCACUCGACAGAAAUCCCAGUGGUGCAGCCAGGAAAACCAGCUGUGGAUGUCCAGAUGCAGAGCAUGGCCCUGAGGGGCCCUGACGGGGAGCCCCAGUCCGGGCUGGAGAGCCAGGGCCGAGCGGCCUCCAUGCCCCGCCUGGCAGCAGAGACCCAGGCGGCCUCAGAGGCCAGCCCCAUGAAGCGCUCAGUCUCCACGCUGGCGCCCCAGCGCCCCCAUGUGGCUCAUCUCUGCAAUGCCGCCCUGGACCGGGCUCCAGCCAGCCAGGCCGCCCCCCACCACCACCACCGCUGCCACCGCCGCCGGGACAGGAAACAGAAGUCCCUGGAGAAGGGGCCCAGCCUAUCCGCAGAUGCAGAUGGUGCCCCCAGCAGCACUGCAGGGCCAGGGCCGCCCCCAGGAGAGGGGCCCACAGGCGGCCGGCGGGAGCGCAGGCAGGAGAGGCAGGAGCGGGGUCGGUCCCAGGAGCGCAGGCAGCCCUCCUCCUCCUCCUCUGAGAAGCAGCGCUUCUACUCGUGUGACCGCUUUGGGGGCCGGGAGCCCCUGCAGCCCAGGCCCUCCCUCUGCAGCCAUCCCACAUCGCCAACCGCUGGGCAGGAGCCAGGACCCCCGAGACAGGGCAGCGGUUCCGUAAACGGGAGCCCCCUACUGUCCACAUCUGGUGCUAGCACCCCUGGCCGCGGUGGGCGGAGGCAGCUUCCCCAGACUCCACUGACGCCCCGGCCCAGUGUCACCUACAAGACAGCCAACUCCUCGCCCGUGCACUUCGCCGGGGCCCAGAGCAGUCUCCCCACCUUCUCCCCGGGCCGGCUGAGCCGAGGCCUUUCAGAACACAAUGCCCUGCUCCAGAGGGACCCCCUCAGUCAGCCGCUCGCCCCCAGCUCUCGGAUUGGCUCUGACCCUUACCUGGGGCAGCGUCUGGACAGUGACGCCGCAGUGCGCACCCAACCAGAGGACAUGCUCACCUUUGAGGAGGCCGUGGCCACCAACUCGGGCCGCUCCUCCCGGACUUCCUACGUGUCCUCCCUGACCUCCCAGUCCCACCCACUGCGCCGGGUGCCCAAUGGCUACCACUGCACUCUGGGGCUCGGCUCAGGCGGCCGCGCUCGGCACAGCUACCACCACCCGGACCAAGACCACUGGUGCUAGGUGCCUGCGACCCCAUUGCCACCACCCUGGGGCCCCAACCAGGUGAUGAGUUUUAUCAUCCACUCUGGGCUCCUGGGACAGUCGUGGAAACCAAGGCAGCAGCAGCAGCAGCCCCUGGGAGGAGGGGCCUCGCUUCCUGGGCCAGCCAGGCCAAGGCCCUGCUGCUGCUUAGGCUCCUGUUUUCUGCUGGGUGGACUUAAAGCCCUUUUGUAGAGGCCCGUGGUUGUCCCCACACACGCUGUGCUGCCUUCCUGGGCCACAUACCACAGGCCUCGCACAGGAAGUGGCUGUGUGCUGAGCAGGACCCUGCAAGCCCAAUCCUGAGUGAAGGACCUCAGCCUCUGGGGUGCUGUGUGGAACCUGUCAGGAGAUCUGAUCUUGGGGAGCAUCCUUCAUCCCAGUGUGUGGUGCAGAACAGCUGGGAGAGCCUUCAGGACCCGUCCAUGGGAAGCGGAGUGGCAGCCUCCAGAGCCCGGCCUGUGGCGCAUGCAGGUCUCAUCAGUGUCCACAAAACACACAGCGUUGCCCUUCAAAUCGUAAACUGCAAGUGGACUCAAUACUCUUAGACGCUCUCUCCUCUCCAGACACUGUCAGCCCUGAGAGGGACCAAGUCUGCAGCGUUCUGGCUGCUGCCUGGUUUUUAAUCGCAACUCCUGUCACUCCUUCCUCAAUUCUGUCUACCUGAUCUCGGAAGGACAGAAACCAGAUGAGCAGGGCAGGAAACACUAGCAGGACUUGACAUUCACACCCGUGGGGAGAUCUCCAACUCAUGUGAGGAGACGCUCUUCUGUGGGGUCCAGGCGGUGCCCCCACAACCCCUGGCACCCGCUGCCCUCAACCAAGUGCCUGACCUCCGAGCCCUCUGGCCCAGGCUCUGGGGCUGUGACGCAAGGCUGUGGGAACCGCGCUGGGUUUGUGGACACUGUUCCAGGGGCAGCCGAGUAGAAAGCUGCCAUCGGCGGUGUGACAAGAAGCCGGCUUUUCCCUUUUCCUGUCUCUCCCACAAGUGGAAGGUUUCCAGGGAAGCACAGGGAGCCGGGGCUGUGGGGCAUUUCCAGUUCGGUCCACACUGAUCCUCAGGGCGGGUGCCUGCCCACAGACCUGGGUUGGAAGUGUCUUUAUGCAGGUGGGAGAGGUGACAGGAGGGCAGCCCCGUGAACCAAGUCGGAACCUGGAGGCCGUGACCUCUGGCAGGAGGCAGCCGUGGAGCCCAGCCCUGACCGACAGGCAGCAACAGCGAAAUCCAGCUGCACGGCCGCUCUCUGAAGAGACCACAGUGGGUGUGCCUAAAACACUGAGACUCUUGUGAAGGAAAAGAGCGUUCGGACGUGCGGCUUCUGGUGUGUCUUCUGUGUUUUGAAAUGUCGAUGAUCUUUGCUGGGUCAUGUGUGUUCCCAUUGGCUUUACCCCAUGACUCUCCCUGAAGAAACUUGGUGUGUGAUGUGUGUGUGUCUGUGUGGAGUUGUCACAGUGAGUGGAUGCCGUUCACCCACAGGGCUAUGCAACAAAAGACACACGUUUACUCGAAACAAAACACAAGACCGCCACCUGUCAUAGGGUUUCAGCUCGAUUGUGACCAAACCAUUUUAUAACGUUUCCUUCCUGGAAGGCACAACAUGGGAACUUUCCACGAACAGAGUGUUUCACUCCAACACGACCCAACCAGCCGGAGCCUGCGUGUGAUCGCGCGACUGGUCGCGAAGCCGAGGCCGUGUGUGGAUUCUGGUGUUCGUCUCUGGGCCCCCUGCCCGUCGUGCUGAAUGUGCCCACUCUGUGCGGAACCACAGCUGCUUCCCCGGCCACGCAACCUCGCUGAUCUGUCGAGUCUUCCAGAUGCUGGAACUGGUGGAAAUUGCAGGGCCUGGGGGUGGACGGUGUGUCUUGUUUUCCUGACUUUGGGUUUUGUCUCUGCACUGUCUCUUCCCAGCCGUCACGUUCCCCUGAAACCUCAGUGAGUUGCCAAAUUUGAGAUGCAUCAACCAGUUGUCUGCCCUGGAACCAGUCAAGCAGUGGCCGUGGUUUGAACACGUGGCGUGUGCAUGUAAAAUAUAUACAUAUAUACAAUAUGCAAGCAUAUGCAUGACAAUGUAUAUCUUCGUACUUUUUGAUACAAUGUAAUCAUUUGUUAAUUUUUAAUUAUAUUUGAUAUAAAUCAAAGGUUUGUUGCAAAACUUUAUAUUUAAGAACAGUGUUAUAAAAAAACAAAAACAGAGAGAGAAGUCCCAACCACACAACAGGACUGGGACUCACUUUUAAAAAAAUUCUGUGGUUGACUAGUUUGCUGCUUGAGUAAUAUUUAUCAGCCAAACUUUGGAUUCUGCUAUUGUUUCUACAUUGACAUUUUGUAUGAAGCAAAGUCCUUGGAUUAAAAUAAAA